UAAUUACGUAAUUUCUUUUCUUAAUAUGUAAGAAAAGCCUAAGCUAGUCAGUAGUAAACUUUAUUUAUAAAAAUAAAACCGUCCAUUCUUGUGAACUUCCAUUAAUCAACAUAGUUUUAUCUUUGGAUUGCUUUAACAAGUUGCAGGAGGGUGGUCUUCCAUCAAAUUUUAGCCCUAAAAGAGGAAAGGUGUUUCAAGAGAGUUACAAAGGUUCACUGAUAUGGAGAUGAGCCUGGAACUGCCUGCACAUCUCAACCAGGAAGUUGUUGAAAUCAUCUUUCAGGAGCAAGACCAAGUCAUACCAAACGUGGCCAGAAUCAUGCAUAGCACCCAUUGUCCCCGUGUCAAGAUAUCCGAUGAUGCCAAACGGACCAUGUACCAUUGUAUCUCUGAGUUCAUAUGCUUUGUAACAUAUGAAGCCAACGCUCAUUGCAAGCGUGAGCAGUAGAACACAAUCACUGCUGAAGACGUCAUUAACAAGUUUGGUUUUGAUGACUACAUUGAACCCUUGCCUUUGUACUUUCCUCGUUAUGGUGAGGAUGAAGGCGGGUGUGGAUCCCUGGAGUCUUUGUUGAAGCGUCCAAUGGUUGAUUCAACUUCAAGCUGCAACAUCACGCCCUAUCACCAGCAUCCUAAUUUUCCUAUGGCUCAUCACCGCUUGGCGUAUCCACCACCAAUGGGGAAUGGUGAUAUUCAGGGGGAUGCAUCAAAUGGAAGCACUUCUCAGUGUGCAAUGGAUGAUGAUGUUGAGUUUCCUACGGAGGAUGGUAAGAAGUGAUCAAUUUCUCUACUGAAGGUGUUGUGUUGUUGAAGCUUCAUGAGCAAUGAAGAAAUUAGACUAUCUUUUCUAUGUUACCUAAUCUAGGAUAGUUCUUAAUUUGCAAAGUUUAGGAAUGUGUUUUUCGAACUAAGUGAGCCGAAUGGUGGCUAUCUACUUAUGUUUGUAUAUGUUUGUGUAUGUGUAUGUUAUAUUUGCCCUGUGCUAUGAAAAAAUUGGUCAUACCUACCUUCUGUUUUA